GGCGCAAAUAGCGGUAUUAUAGCUGGUGUGAGUAUCCCAUGACGAAGAUGGAAUAGACACAAGACUUCCAUGAUGCAUGCUUCGUCGUCUAGCUCUGCUGACCCGGCUUCCGGAGACGAAGCACUUUCCGGAAGAGCUGCGAAGAACGCCUUAACUCAAGAGCAGGUUGCGGCAAUGCAUGCGCGAGUGGCGUCGGCUUUGGUUAGGGAGGGUAUAGUUAUUUGAGUAGUUUUUUGGCGUUGAUAAAACUUUGGGAAAACAAGGGAACAAACUGGUGGAGCCUACACAGAUCUCUUGUGCGAAUGAAUGAAUGAGUGAGAUCGUGAAGAUCAUUAAGAUACCUUGUCUUGUUACCAAGCAGUGUCUUUGUGAACUAUAGAGCAGAAGAAGGCCGUUCAAGUCUUCCAAUGUUGAACAAAACCUCUUAAUAAUACCAGUUCUUAUACCACGAGAACAAAACCUCUUAAUAUUACCAGUUCUUAUACCACGAGAACAAAACCUCUUGAAAAUAAUACCAGUUCUUAUACCACGAGAACAAAACCUCUUAAUAAUACCAGUUCUUAUACCACGAGAACAAAACCUCUUAAAAAUGAUACCAGUUCUUAUACCACGAGCUCUUCUCCAUCUCCUCUAAUCGUCCGACCGAAGCAUCAGCAACAGCCCAAAAACGCCCUGCUCCUCCUUUCUACAAAGACGCCGUGCCAGUUCGUGAGGACCCACGAUCUCAUGUACGCAAACACGCGAAAUAUUUCCGGUUAAUGCGCGAUCCCUCUGGCCUCCAUGAGCGACAUUUAUAUCCCUGGGAAGACAUGAUAAUUGCUAAGGAUCGGAGAAAAGAGACUGUUGAUGCUCUCGAAAAAACGAGGGAGAUAAAACCUCUACGCGGAGACGAAGGCGCACAUAGUCAUCCGUUAAGGUCAACAUUUAGUGUCCAUCUUUCUCGGCAACGGCAUCUUGGUGCCCUUUGGUUCCCCUGUAUUCUUCUCAUGACAUGAUACAAGAAGGGUAGUAAAGGGGUCAAGAUGAGGGGGCCGAGAUGCAAUCUAGGAGACUCUAAGUCCGGAUAUAUUGGCGGGGGAAGAUGAGGCCGAUGACCGAGACUGGAGAAAGUAUCACUCACUAUGGUACCAGUUGUUUUUCUAAAUGUAUGAUUGAACCUUAAUAUUGAACCUGUACUGCUAGCGUCUACUUGACUUAGAAGUCAUGUACCCUUUCAGAACGUAUCUCUGCGGAUGUCAGGAACGGCAUUAUCAGGGAUCAUACACACAUACUUAUUGAACAAAUAUUUAUCACUCUCUGUCUUGACUGGAAAUGAGUAUUCAUGAUCAGCUGUAGUUACGGUUUUUUAGAUGUUGUAGUUUCAUCCGCUUCUACAGCAAUCUAUCUCUUGAUUUUUGUACUCGUCGGGCGCUUGCCAUACUAGUGAUGAUUCAUGACAUACAGACCAUCGGAGGAUGGCAAGGGGAAGGAAAUUCGCUAUCCCUGGUUUGCUCAUCUCGAGAGGCAAGAAACUUUUCCGGACCUCGACAAGCAUGGCGAAAAGAAACCCGGACAUCAAGCAGACAAGCCGCAGCCAUUACCUUGGGAAUACGUGCAGCAAGAACACGAAGAUCCUGACGAGCCUUCAGCACGACCUAGUACCCAGGGAAAAGCAGUGGCAGAACGCAUCAUAAUAGACGGA